AUGGCACGCCAACACAGCAACCUCAUCCGCAUGGCGCCGCUGCAACUCGGCGACCUGCCCGCCCACCCGGUGCUCCCCUUAUCCAAGAACGCGCGCCCAGAAGUCUCGACCUUCGUACGCGCACUGCUGGACGACGGCAUCGCAUUCCUGGAUCCCAGCACCUUCAACCAGACCUUCUCGCACCACUCGACCAAGACGUCCGGCCCCUCCGCCGCCCCCGUCGAGAUCCUCACUCACACGAUCCCCGCGUCAGAAAUCUCCCAGAUCACCUGGUCCUCCUCUGACCAGCCCAUCACACGCAGUAAACCCCGUACAUGCGGCCCCGAGAACUGGGCCGCCCGGCGCAGCAUACACGCGGACAUCUCAAGCAAGAACGCCUCUCAGCCGGGCCAUGCCAGCUGGGACGAGUUCGUGUUCGGGCUGCGGGACUCGCACAGCGUGCGUGAGCUGGAGUUCACGCCGUCGCUGUACGACGCGCGGCUGAUCGUGGACUGGGGCGAGGAGGUGGCGGCGCUGGCGGGGAGAGGAAACGGCGAGGAGCUCGGCCCCUACACGCAGCCGACGAUGGCCAUCUACGAGAUGUGCCAUGUCAUUCCGGGCCCGAUGAUGUCGCCGCGCUGUUUCCCCGUGCUGGUCGCGACGGCCAGUGUCGAUGCGGACCGCUUUGUCGCCGUCACGGUGCCUGUGAAUCUCUCGGCCGCGGGCUUCGACGAGGCCUUCUACAGCUCCGAUCGGAAUGUCAAGGAGGGGACCACCGCUACGCAGAGGAGGGAGGUCAUCGCUGGGGUCUACACCGCCGUCGAGCUCGUUACGCGGAAUCCCCAGAAGAAGGAGGUCGAGUGGAUCAUGGCGACCGCUAGUGAUGCCAAGGGUAAUCUUCCUGGUUGGAUGCAGAAGGCGGGCGUGCCGAGUCAGAUCGCGAAGGAUGUGGGCUAUUUCAUGCAAUGGAUUUCCACCGUUGAAGUGGGUGAAGGAGAUACUCGAAAACCCGAGACGCCCGUCGCUUCUGGUCAAGUAUAA